GCCACGCCCACCUGCCCGCUCCGACCUAACCUGCCAUCAGCCAACUCCAGCUCUGAAGAGUGGCCCGGCCGGCUGCACCCAAGGGUGCCGGGCAGAACCUCCCUGGGAACCUCAGGCCUCCCCCCAGCUCGGACCCCCUUCGCCAUGGGCAACGCCAACUGUGUCCCCCAGGCCCGCUUCCGAGCCUCCUUCAGGAAAUCCUCGCUGAAAGGAAAAAAACAGGAAAGCCUAAGGCGUCGCGGGGGACUGUUCGGAAGCGAGAGCAGCCAAGAUGGGGACACCCAAGCCACGGACAAGAUUCUGUAUUUCAUCCCAGGCACGGACAUCCCAAACCUGGACAGUCACAAGGAAAAUGUGGACCAACCGUUGCUCAGUGUGUUCAAAAAGAGCCGGCAGAAAAUGCCCGUAAGGAACCUCGGGAAGAUUAUCCACUACUCCAAAGUCAAGUUCAAGUUCCAGCACUGUGCAGAUGUCUAUGAUUGCUACCUGGAGCUGUUCCCCUCCUGUCUGUACUUCCAGGCUCAUGGUUCCAGCGGCCUCACCUACCAGGUGCUGCUGCCACUGACAGAGCUGAAGGUCUCUAGGCUAGAGAUGGAAGGACAACACGCCUUCCAGAUCAUGGGGCCCCUGCCGUCCCCUCUCCUGGUGUUCUGUCCCAGUGAGGAUGAGCUCCAUCAAUGGCUCUACCACCUGGAGAAGCAGAUGGACCUCAUGAAGAGACCCCCGUGGCCAUCUUUCCAGGACUCUGCAAGGGAGAAUCAUCUCUGCCCUCUUCCUUGGGCCCUCCAGCACUACCCAGUUCAUCACUGGGAAGGAACCAGUCGAGAGACUCUGGGAGAUGUGGUCUGCGCCUCCCGAGUGAAAAUACAGCAUCUGCCUUCCCAGGACCUCCACGAUCGGAUUCUGGUUCUCUAUCCAUCUACAUUGGUCAUCCUGUCAGAGGACUCUGAUGGACUGAACUUCAAGGGGGAGCUUCCGCUCAACUCCGUCCAGCUCAACUUUGAAGAGAGCGAGAAACAGAUCCGGUCCUUCCUGAUCGAGGGCCGCCUCAUCAAUACCAUCCGCGUGCUCUGUGCCAACUAUGAAGACUACCAAGACUGGUUGCUUUGUUGGCGAACUGUGCGCCUCAAAAAGGGGGGCUCCUCCACCCGCUCGGGCCCCGAGAGCUUCCAGGGGCCACGGCCACCCCUCCCCGCACAGUUCUCAGUCAGCGGGCGAGCGUCCCUUACCUCCGAUGGCCGGACCAACUCCUGGGCAUCCACGGGGGCCCCAUCCACUUCCUCCCACGCCAGCAGCUCCCUCCCCGACCACCCCAUGCUGCCCAGGAACUAUCCUGGGGGUGGUGACGGCACCCCCCAGCGGGACCAGAGCCAUGGCAACCCCGGCAGCUCCAGCUUGGGAAGGCGUCGGGCAGAACUGAGACGCAAGGGCAGCGGCCGCUCAUCCAAGGGAAAAGGAACAGGGCAGCCCAAGGGAGAGGAGCCGGCCCUCCGGGUUCCCCUGCAUCUAGACCUGGGUCUCACCAAUCUAAACCAGAGGAGCCUGGAGGGCAGCGAGGACGCCGCUGCUGACAGCCCAGAGAAGCCCCAGUCCCCUUUGUACGCUGACCCUUACACCCCGACCUCCACCACCCACAUCAAGCUCAGGGACGUCACUGGUGAGUUUCUGGAGGCGUUCAAGAGCUGUGCAGUCCAGGAGCCACUGAACACCUUCCCCACCGCCCCCGUCUCCGUCCCCGUCCCGUCCCCCAGCUCACAUCCCCUUCAGAAAAAGCCGGCCCCUCAGCACUGGGAGUCUCAGAGACAACGAGGCUCCUUCAAAGUCCGGGGAGUUGGUCUUCUGGAGCCUUCCCGACCUCACCAGGUCCGGGUCUCCCCGCCAAAGGAAGGUUCCCCCAAACCUCAGCUUCGACUCUCAGGUGGCAGCUCCCCCAGAAGGAAGGCCGGGGAGUCGGAGCGAUCUUCCUCGGAGCCCUCCGGCAGCCAGAGGGACUUCAGUUAUGACAACAUCUGGGACAAAGCAGGGCCACCCCCCGCUUCUCGCCACCAGUGGCCCCGUCCCCCCGCCCCAGAGGCUGCAGGGAGAUUGCCUCAGUGGAUCUGAGCUGGCCCGGACUCUCUCGCCAGUCAAAGCAGGGACAGAAGGAAGCCGGGCCCGCGGGCCUGCAGCCCCGGCUUGUACUCAGGGGCGCUGCUCUGGAUUUCGGGGGUCAAGGUGAAUGAAGCUCCGGACUUCAGUCUGCUUCUCUUCCCCGCCCCGGUAGUGUCGGGAGGGCUCGGCAGGUGGGACCUCAGCGCCCCGAGACCCAGCCUCUCCCCCAGGGAAGGAGAAGCCCUCUCUCUGCCCGCUGCUGCCUUUGCCCACUUAGCAUGACAUCUGAGACCCACGUGUGGAGGCUGGGCCCCUUUGUGAACUCGCACCAGAACCUGCCGACCCAGGUCCUCCCACACUGGCUGGAAGGGCCCGGGACAUGAGGACGCAGCCAGAGAAUCGUAGCAGAGUCUGGGUCCCUCGGUGGGGAUGGGGGGGAAGCAUCCCAUCAAUGGCUGCUACUGUUACCGCUCCUAUCCCCCCCUUCCCAUCUCCUCCUUUCCUGACCUCGCUCUGGGGGCGCGGAUCCUCAGUGUAUCCCAGUCUGUGGCCCUUCCCCCUUCCUCCUACUCCUGCGGGACCCAAAUCAGUGGCACCCCCUGGUGGCUGUGCUGGUGAUUAGAACUGUUUCUUCAGAGGAAAAUUACGAGGGAGGGAAGGUUUGGGAAGGGGCGGGGGUCACUGAGAGUGAGAGGGACAGAGACAGGAAACGGCAGCAGGUUUGGAACCCGAGUCUGUAUCCCACUGGAAUCCACUGCUCCAGAAAGAGAUUGCAGGGAAUAGCCUGGGAUGGAGGUAGAGGGGGGAAAGGUGUGGGUGUGUUUGGGAAUGUGCAAGAGAAUCACCCAUCAGCCCAAUCUGAGGUUCCUGUGGGGGAGGCGGUCAGUGAGGGUCACUGGAUAGUGGGGGAGAAGGGGAAGUUGGAUGAGAAUGAGAGGCAACGAGAGGGAAGGGCAGUGAGGGCCAGAAGGGGCAGCAAGAGCUAGAAAGGAGAACGAGGGCCAGAAGGGGCAGCGAGGGCCAGAAAGGGAAGCAAGGGCUGGAAGGGAGAACGAGGGCCAGAAGGGGCAGCGAGGGCCAAAAGGGGAAGUGAGGGCCAGAAGGGGCAGCAAGAGCUAGAAGGGAGAACGAGGGCCAGAAGAGGUAGCAAGGGCUGGAAGGGGCAGCAAGGGCUGGAAGGGAGAGCGAGGGCCGGAAGGGGGAGCGAGGGCCGGAAGGGGGAGCGAGGGCCAGAAGAGGCUGCAAGAGCUAGAAGGGGCAGCAAGGGCCGGAAGGGGGAGCGAGGGCCGGAAGGGGGAGGGAGGGCUAUAAGGGGCAGCGAGGACCAUAAGGGAGAGUGAGGGCUGUAUGGGGGAGCGAGGGCCAUAAAGGGCAGCAAGAACUGUGAGAAGCAGUGAGCAGUAAGGGACAGAAGGGUUAAUGAGAGCUAUAAGGGGAAGCGAGUAGCAAGGGCCAUGAGGGGAACCAAGGGCCAUGAGGGGCAGCAAGGAUCAUAAGGGGCAGCAAGGACUAUAAGGGAGAACGAGGGUCGUAAGGGAAAGCAAGUACUGUAAGAGAUAGUGAGCAGCAAGGGCCAGAAGGGGCAGUGAGCUAUGACGUUAGUAGGAGGCUGCAGAAUUGGGGCCGGGGCAGUGAAGAGCUGUAAACAGAAAAGGGUCACUGGUUUCUCUCAGUUCUGGCUAGGGCCUAAGGAUUGAGUAAGGACAGGUUAGACAGACGCUACAGACCCCUCCCCUAUAUUCCCUUAAAAUGAGCCAGGACAGGAUUGAGGAGACCUCUGGAAGGGGGGACGGGUUUUUCUGCCUUCAGCAAAGUCCCCCAUCCCCAGCCACUCCCAGAGAGGCAGGAGGGACUCUGGGCUUCCUGAGUGAUCCCUGUCCACUGGAUUCAGCUUGUGUCACAGGGUGGCUUCUGGGUAAUGGGCCAUAAUCCUCACAAUGGGGUCUGGGGGAGGGGAUGGAGCUGAUCCUGGGGAAAUCAACCCAUCAACCCAGAAAUAGAAAAAAAAUUUAUUGUCA